AGGUACAUGCCACAGGGUUCAACUAUCAAAACGAGGAUGAAAAGGUUACUCUCUCAUUUCCCAGUACUCUUCAGAAAGGGACAGGGACGCUAAAGAUAGACUUUGUAGGGGAGCUGAAUGAUAAAAUGAAAGGUUUUUACCGAAGUAAAUACACAACCCCUACUGGAGACACACGCUAUGCUGCUGUCACUCAGUUUGAGGCUACUGAUGCUCGCAGAGCUUUCCCUUGCUGGGAUGAGCCUGCUAUUAAGGCAACGUUUGAUAUUUCUUUGGUGGUUCCUAAAGACAGAGUAGCUUUGUCAAAUAUGAACGUCAUCGACCGGAAGCCGUACCCAGACGACGAGAACCUGGUGGAAGUGAAGUUUGCUCGCACCCCUACCAUGUCGACGUACCUCGUCGCGUUCGUGGUGGGCGAGUACGACUUCGUGGAGGCCAGGUCCCUCGACGGCGUCUUGGUGCGUGUUUACACCCCCGUUGGCAAAGCGGAGCAAGGAAAGUUUGCGCUGGAG